AUGAACCAGUUCCCCGCGAACGCGAUCCCGGGCUUCCAGCCUCCCCCCGGCAUGGUCCCCGGCAUGAUGCAUCCAUCCAUGAUGCAGCAGCUGCCGCCGGGCAUGGCCCCACCUCCGGGGAUGAUGCCCCCAGGAGCUCCGGGCGGCCCCGGCGGCCCAGGUGGUCCGGGUGCGCCGCCCGAGAUGCUGCAACAGCAGUACCUGCACCAGCAACAGCUCGCCAUGGCGCAGGCCAUGCGCCAACAACAGCUUCAACAGCAGCAGCACGCCGUCUCCGUCGCGGCCGCGAACGCGCAGGCCCAGGCCGCACAGGCGCCCCAGGCCCGCCCCAAGCCGCGUAAGGGGCGUCCGCCGGUGCUGCCCCGCGGACAGCAGGGGGACUACGUCAAGGGCGCUAUGGCGCCGCCCACUGUGCCGGCGGUGAGGCAGACGGAGGCCGGGAAUGCGGCGACGGGACUCGAGACGGAGCCGUGGGCUGAUAUGCUCGAUGAGCUGGAUCCGAGGGAACUCGCCAUGGCGCGGUUUAGGGCGAGGCAGGAGGUCAUGACGGAGAUCUUUGGACCGGAGAGAGUUCAGGACGUCCCGGAACCAGUCACCGACCCCUGGUCCGGAAUCGGAAUCACGGGCGAAACGCUCGAGGCCAAGGUCGAGGCGCUGGAGAAGAGCAAUGCGGAGCUCGAGGCCAACUUUGACGCCGAGCUAGAGGCGUGGAGGAAAAUGCUCGAGAACCCCGAGCUUAUCGAACCCGAGUCUGUGUAG